AUGCAGGCGGAGCAGGAGCUGAGCAUGGAGAGCAGGGAGGACAAAUCCCCGCGGCAGAACCUGGUGGCAGAGGCCGUUUUGAGCGGCUCCACGGCGCAGGAACCCAACGGGGAGGAAAAGCCCCGGAGAUGCCGCACGAGGAGGGGCUGCAAACGCAGAUGGCGGGGAUCUGAGGGGGAAAGAGCCAGCCUGGGCCGGGAAGGCGGCCGGAGAUGGAGCCAGAGCUCAGAGCUGGUGGUCCAUGAGCAGGUUCCUGAUGGGGAGAAGCCCCACAAGUGCAAGGAGUGUGGGAAGAGCUUCAGGUGCAGCUUCGUGCACCAGAGAAUCCACACUGGCGAGAGGCCCUACGAGUGUGGGGAGUGUGGGAUGAGCUUCAGCGAGAGGUCCACCCUGAUCAAUCAUCAGAGGAUCCACACUGGGGAGAGGCCUUUUGAGUGUUCCGAGUGUGGGAUGAGCUUCAGCCUGAGCUACAACCUGAUCAGGCACCAGAGGAUCCACACUGGGGAGAGGCCCUACGAGUGUUCCAAGUGUGAGAAGGGGUUUCAGACCAGCUCCAGUCUCUUCCAGCACUAUCAGAGUCACACAGAGGAGAGGCCCUUCUGCUGCCCCGACUGCGGGAAGGGAUUCAGGCAGAACUCCCACCUCAUCAGGCACAGGGUAAUCCACACUGGGGAGAGGCCCUACGAGUGUGAUAAAUGCAGGAAAGGGUUUCAGAGCAGCUCCAGUCUCCUCCUGCACUAU